CAAACUCUGGUUUCCAAUUCCCACGAUUUGCAAACCUGAGCAAUAUAUACACUCUGAUAUUAAGGAACUGUUCCAUCACCGGUGAAAUCCCUGAAUACAUUGGUAAAAUGUCAAAUUUAAAAUACUUGGAUUUGAGCUUUAACAAUUUAACCGGACGAAUCCCACAAUCCAUGAGGGGUUUAAAUUUAACUCACUUGUCCCUGGCAAAAAAUAAACUUAAUGACACAAUCCCUGAUUGGGUUGGUGAAGUCAAGACUAGAUUGGAUCUGUCGUACAAUAACUUUUCCGAAGUUAGCUUCGUAGUGCCAGACGAUAAGCGAGAUCAUCUGAACUUGUUUUCCUGCUGCAGCAGGUCAACUGAUCCAGAUCAACUAUUUGUUCCAUCCAAAACCUGGGGUUAUAGCCUUUCUGGAGACUUCUUCUCAACGGAGUCCAAUUCUAGUAAUUUCAUACAGAACCAGUCAUUUGGAAUUCAUGUUCCUGAGGCAGAAUUAUAUUCAGUUGCUCGGAUUGCCCCUGUCUUCCUAAGUUAUUAUGCUUACUUACACAAAGGCAAAUAUAAUGUGGCCCUUCACUUUGCUGAAAUAGUAUUCAGGGAGAAGGAAUCAUAUAGUAUACUAAAAAGACGGGCAUUUGAUGUUUAUAUCCAGGAUGAGAGAAUGCUAACGAAUUUCGACAUCGCAGAAGAGGCAAAGGGUCCAGGUGAACCUAAAACCAGACAUUUCGUAGCUGAUGUUAAUGAUAGUGUAUUGGAGAUUUCCUUCUACUGGGCUGGAAAGGGAUGUGCAGACGACCCUCCUACUUUGAAUGGACCUCUCAUUUCUGCUAUUUCCAUAACUCCAGUUCCCCAACACUCUGCAUUGUGGCGAAAAUUGAAGAAAGCAUUGAUUAUUACUCUACCUUCAAGUGUAGCUGUUCUAUUGCUUCUAUUAGCUUUCAUGUGGAAAAUGGGCUGGCUGGGGAAAACAGAGUUGAGAGAAAUACAGAUAGGCCAAGAUAAACAUGUUACCCUUCAAGAAUUAAUAGGUGCAACUCGAAAGUUUAGCAGCAAAAUGGAGAUCGGUAGAGGGCACUUUGGAAGGGUUUAUAAGGCUGAACUGGAAGGUGGUCAAACUACUGUAGCUGUUAAAAGACUUUCUACUCACUCAAAAGAAAAUAUUGAGGAAUUAUUAAAUGAAUUCUAUACCUUAAAGUCAUUGAGGCAUGAGAACCUUGUUCAAUUGUUGGAUGCUUAUUUUGGAGAAGGGUUACAUUUGCUCAUCUAUGAAUAUAUGCCAAACCUGUCCAUUGCAGACGCUUUUUUUGGCUCGAAGUCCAGAUUGAAGUUUAAUUGGGAAACUAGAUUUAACAUUUGCCUGGGAAUAGCGAGGGGUUUAGAGCAUCUUCAUGAGCACCCUAGACUCAAGAUGGUUCAUAGGGAUAUCAAAGCUGAAAAUAUCCUUCUUGAUGGAGCUCUUAAUGCUAAGAUCUCAGACUUUGGAAUGGCAAGCCUGUAUACCGAGGAAGAACAACUUAUGAUCAUCAAAGUGGAAGCACCAAACGGACAUAUGGCACCUGAGUAUGCAAUUCAAGGAAUUGUAACAAGCAAAGUUGAUGUUUACAGUUUUUGGGGUGGUUAUACUCGAAAUUGUUAGUGGGAAGAAAAAUGCAGGAUACAAAUUUAACCAUGAGACUGAGUAUCUCUUGGACAUGGCUUAUGUUGCAAAUAAAAAUGGAAGCCUCGUGGACUUGGUGGAUAAAAAGUUGUCUGGCAUUUAUGAUGCAAAACAAGCCAUCACCAUCUUAACCUUGGCCGUAAUGUGCACGAAUAUAUCUCCUACUCUAAGGCCAAGAAUGGCAGACGUUGUGAGUAUUCUUGUUGGUGAGAAAACCUUUGAGCAGAUUAAUCCACCUACUGUGGAUGAUCAUCAGCUUAAUGUAGCCAUGGCUGGUGGCGAAUGUACCAAAGCUGAUUCUUCUACUUCCACAGACGUGACCUCAAGGGCAUCAACUUCAACUAAAUUAAUCAAGGGGAUAGAUGAAACACAAAAUUCUUCUGCAGAAACCUGUCUCGAAAUAUCGGAAGAAAGUCAGACCUCGCAUUAAACAUGAGUCCUAUUUGGAUUGUGUGAGAGAAGUUACAGUCAGUUUGGUUUAUGUUAGAUCUAUUUAAAAUUGUUAGGGUACGUCUUUAUGGUUUCAAUUGUUUUCUAUUUAAAGCGUUGUAUUGUAUUUUCUGCAUUUGUAGUUUUUUGAUGGCAACAUUAACAUAAUUUAACAGUA